AUCUUGUCCUUACUAGAAGAAAAUGUCAAACGGAACGAGUUGUCGGAUACUUGCCAAGUGAAAGGCCUUGACUGGCAGAAUGAAAAGAGCAUAAGAUCGGUCAUGGAUGAUCUCUACGAACUCGACUAUUUGAUCGCUGCGGAUGUCUUCUAUGAUACCUUCUCGUACUCAACAAUCUUCAAGGACGUCUUAUUCGAACCAGAGAAGUCAGUGGAAAUAGUGUUCAAAUUUGUGUAG